AUGGAAUCUUCCAUUUCUUCCAGCGAUGCCUCGAGCUCGCGAUCUUCGAGAUCAUCUGCUGCUACAACAGAUCCCGUGCUUCGAAACACGCUGCGCUACACCAUCUCGGCCCACGAAUACGCUGCUCUGCAUAAAUACAUCCUCUCGCGUUCCCGCGUGCUUCGCCGCGCAACACCUACUCCCAACCGCGUCGAGAAGGCACUGCAACCGCCAAAGGGCGGUGAUGAUUACAAUGCUAGAACGGUGCGACAUGCGCUGCGGGUGUUUGUGAUGACGUUUUCGGGCAUGAAGGGAUGGGAUGUUGUCGCUAAGAGGAUGGGCAAAGAUGAACCCAACACGAGCGGGAAACAGAAACCCUUUUAUAAAAAUCCUGCGCUGAGGUUAUCCAUCUCACUUUCUACCAUUCUUCUCCUUUACAGAGUCCUUUUCCGUUUCUUCACACGACUGCGCGUGCAUUUGCUCGACCCUCAAGUUGAGCCAUUCCGAGCGCGCAACCCGCGAACUGCGGCGAUGCUGACAUCGCCCUCUGCGCCCGCCAUUGGUGCGUCAUUCGCUGGUCUUGCCCUGGGCAUCUACCCAGCACAGAAGAUGCGUGUCUCCAUCGCUCUCUACACCAUUUUCCGGGCCUUGGAGUUUGCCUAUAACUUCUGCGAGGCGGAUGGUCUUAUCUGGGGCCGAAAGAAUGGCGUCAAGAGGGAGAGGCCUUGGUGGUUUGGAAGCUGGAUGCUGCAGCCAUUCGCUUUCGGCCAGCUCCUUCAUGCGGCAGUGUUUGACCGCGAUUGCUUCCCAAAGCCAUUUGGAGAUUUGAUCUUCAAGAGCUCUUCGGCUUAUCUGCAUCCGCGCCCGCAAAAUUGGCCAUCUAGCCUCAAGUGGCCUCAGACUUCUCAGAUUGUUGACAGUCUGGCUCAAAUGGCGCGUCUAAGCUGGCCUGCCUAUGUUUCCCCUACUUUAUUCCCUGGCAAGGAAGUCCUUCCUCCUAGCCUCAGCGCGGUUGCGCCACUGACAUCUCGAGCUCACCCACUUAUCACAUCUCUCUCAUGUGCAGCAUUACACCCAGGAGAUCCAUCCUGCGCCCGCACAUAUCUCACUUUCUGGCUUCAAACAUUCCCGCCAUUUGCUCGUUUCUUCGUCGCUCUCUUUUCUGCACUCACGGUCAUCCCUCGAUUCUCUAGCCUUUACCACAACCCCUUGGCAACCCUGCAGCUCAUCAUCACCAAGGCUCUUCGCAUGUCCACUUUUGCCACAGGUGCUCUUUCCACAGCGUGGGGAUCCAUGUGCUUCUUCCAGACAUGGCUUCCUCGCCAUGUACUUGCGACUCAGCGCGUCUUCCUCGGUGGUUUCUUUGCCGGCCUCUGGGCGUUUGUCGAGCGAAGGAACGGCCGUGGCAUGUUCCUGUAUAGCGCUCGUACCAGUGUCGACAGCCUCUGGAAGGUUGGUAUUAAGCGUCGCUGGUGGAAGAGCAUGAAGGGUGGUGACGUCUGGGUCUUUAUGCUCGCGCUCAUGGUUACUGGUGUUGUCUAUGAGAAGGAUGCUCAGGCAAUCCGCGAGACCAACUGGCGGAAGGGAGUCAGCUGGCUUCAGGGCCAAGGCUGGACGGAUUGGGCUGUUGAAGAUGAUGAGGACGAGGAGGGAAAGGUUAAGGAGGAGUGA